GGAUGUAGGCGGGGCUUCGCCCCUGGUGGGGCGGGGCGAUGCCGGCGGCGGCCGUGGGGAGGGGGCUGCUGGGUUUGGCCCUGCUCGGCACCCGUCGGCGGCCGCGGGGCAGGGGCAGCGCUUCCGGCAUGGACCUGGGGGCGCUGAGGAAGAGCUAUCGGGGGGAUGAGGAGGCCUUCGAGGAGCGGCACCUGGCCUCCCGCGACCCCGUGGAGCAGUUCCGGGCCUGGUUCGAGGAGGCUGCGCGGUGCCCCGAUGUCGGGGAGGCCAACGCCAUGUGCUUGGCCACCUGCACCAGGGAUGGGAAGCCCUCGGCCCGCAUGGUGCUGCUGAAGGGCUUUGGGCAGGACGGCUUCCGCUUCUUCACCAACCACGAGAGCCGCAAGGGAAAGGAGCUGGACUCCAAUCCAUUUGCUUCAGUCGUCUUUUACUGGGAGCCCCUCAACCGGCAGGUGCGGAUCGAGGGCUCAGUGAAGCGGCUCUCGGAGGAGGAAUCGGAGCAGUACUUCCACUCCCGCCCCAAGAGCAGCCAGAUUGGGGCUGUCGUGAGCCGGCAGAGCACCGUCAUUCCGGACAGGGAGUAUUUAAGGAAGAAGAACGCGGAGCUGGAGGAGCAGUACAAGGAGACAACAGUGCCAAAGCCGGCAUACUGGGGGGGCUACAUCCUGCAACCAGACGUUGUGGAGUUCUGGCAGGGCCAAACCAACCGCUUGCACGACCGUAUCGUCUUCCGGCGCCUGCGGGACGGCUCAGCCCCCCUGGGACACAUGACGCACCGGGGAGAGGGUGGCUGGGUGUUUGAGCGUUUCUCUCCGUGAGGCCGUGGGGGUCUCUGGAUGUUUCAGCCCGAUUGGGAGCGUUACUUGUGCCAAUCCUGCCUGCGUGCCCCCCUCCACGCCCUGAGGAAUGAAGUUGGCCUUGCUCUGCCCUUCCCAGGGAAAUUCGUGCCGACUUCAGCCCAAGGAUCCUCGUCUCCCUUUGCAUCUCUCUGAGGUGGGCUCCCCCCCGCCAGCACGAGGGGAGCAAUAGCUCCCAAUGCAGCUGGCAGUUAAUUAAUCACGUUAAUGAUUGUGGAGGUAUCAUGAGAGAUCCCAGAAAACCCUCUGUCAGGGAACCAUCUGUCCCGCUGUCAUGCCCUGCUACUGGGACCAUAUCACGGCUCACUAUUUUUAGCUAGAAUCAUGUGAUUUGCUCAUUCUGUGCAAUAACAUAUUUAAUUGUGGCUUUAAUGUCACUGCUGCCUUGCUGGUGUUCGCGGCUGGCUGCGUGUGUUGUCGCUGGUGCACCCCGUCUCCGCAGGGCAGGGGGACCCCAGUACUUGGCCCGGUUGUACUGGUGGGGACGGUGGCAGAGCAGUGCCUGUGGGCUGGGCACUGCUCUUUGUCCUCCCUGGCUAAGUGUACGAGCUUGGAAAAAAUAAAGCCCGAUCGGAGCAGA